AGGAGGGUAAAACACAGCAUCCAGUUCUUCAAGAUACAACAAACAUAAAAUGGCCUAUAUGUGCGGGAUAUAAUGAAUAUUUGAUGAAGGAGCAUGACAAGGCUUUAUAUUCAUGGUUGGAAGUUGAAUGCGAAUCAUGUGACAACACGAUAUAG